AUGAAUUAUUAAACUUAGUAAAUCAAUCAAAUUAUUAUAAAAUAAUAUAAUAUUAUUCAAUAAAUUGCUUAAUCAUUAUUUUCUUAAUAAAUUUGAAGUUAAACUUAAUAUAAUUAUUGUAAUUCCAACCCAACUAAAGAUUUCAAUAUCUUGUUUCAAUAUUAAAAUAUCCAGUAAUAUAUUAAAUAUUAUUUAAGAUUCUCCAAUUAACGAUUAUUAUGUAACAUUUCCAAUCAUUACAGAUCUAUUCAUACAUAAUUACCCCAAACAGCCAAGGAAUCCACUCAAUAAUAAUAAAUUAGCCUCAUAAAGAGACACAGCUCUGAAUUGUUCAACCGAGUAGUAUAAUUAAUAUAAAAUCGAGGAUAUAAUUCCAAAAAAGGAAAAGUAUUGUAAAAUAGCUAAGGAGCUAACUUCUUAUGAGAGAGAGUUAAUUAGUACUUAAGCAAAUGAAGUGGUUACUGCAGUUAAGAGAGCUAAACAUAAUCCAAAGAAAUUAAGGUAAGUAAAUUCAUCAUUAUUCUAAUUAAAUAAAAUUGGUGGUUUAGAGAUCAAAAUUACACCUAAGAGACAGAAUAAGAUUUCGAGAAUUGUUCUUUUUGUAAUAACUUCUUUUUUUAGAAUGUAUGCUAAGAUAAAGGUUGUCCAUAAAGGAUUAGUUUUCAUCAAAACAACUGCCUCUGAAACAGUGACUAAUUUUAAUGAUAAAAAGCAGGAAAGAAAUCCAACGCCUCCAAUGCAACCUCGAGUAAUCAGUUUCUUAAGUGUCUUACUUGAGGAGGGAUAUGUAUUAUUUGGAAUGAAUAGUGCCAAGAUUUCUAUGAUAAUCAAAGUUAAGAUCGAUCUCCAAUAAAUAAUUUGA